AUGAAGUAUUUCUUACUUGUAUUAAUAAUAUUUAUUUUUUUUCUAGAUUUUUCAGAUGGAAAAAAAAAUAUAAUAAGUAAACAAUUGUACUUGAAUAAAAUAAAUGAGAAUCUAAAAGGAAAAAUUAAUUAUAUAAAUUUUUUAAAAAAUAAAUGUAUAGAAAAAGAAAAAAAAAAACUAUAUAAGUUCCUAUUUAUAAAAAUGAAUAGUAAUUUUAUUAAAAAUUUUCAUACUUUCAAAUUAAAUGUUCGUGGAAGCACUGAUAUCAAGCCUAAAACAAAUAAAUCAAUAGCUAAACGAUUUAAAAUAACAAAAAACGGAAAAUUAAUUAGAAAAAAAGCAGGUAGAAAUCAUAUGUUAAGAAAAAAAACAUCUUCUAAUAAAUCAUCGUUAAGGAAAAGAACUACAAUAGCAUCUAAUAGAAUAGCAAAAAAAUAUAAAAGUGUUAUUUUUAAAUAA